UCUCUCGAGCUUGAUGGCGACGAAACCCCAUCUCCUUCUCCUCAUUCUCAUCAGCCUCCUCUCCGUCUUCCGUCCAUCGGCAUCUCCUCCACCUCCGGCAUCAUCUUCUUCGAUGCCCUGCACCGAUGAGCUGGUGGCGAUCUCACCAUGCCUCCCGACCGUGGCGGAGGAUUCCGAUGGCGGCACUACGGCGCCAUCCACAAGCUGCUGCGCUAACUUCUUCGCCGCCGUCGAUGGCACCUGGAGCGGUCCGGCGUGCCUCUGCCACCUCAUCCGCGAGCCGAUCCUCCUCGGCUUCCCCGUCAAUGGCUCCCUCUUCACUUCCCUCUUCGUCUCCUGCGGCCGCUCCUCCGCCGACGCCAAGAACUUCAGUGAUCUCUGCCGAGAUACUGAAGCCGAAGCUCCGAGUCCUAAGCCGCCGGCUCAGCAGCCUAUUCCUGAAGAGGCUUCUUCAUCUUUGUUAAUUCGGAGGAAAAAGAAAGGCAGGAGGGGAAGCAGUGCUGGCAGAGUGGUUUGGGAUCAAUCAAUCCAGCAGCUGGUAAGCUUAUGGAUUCCAUUUGUUUUACUUUUGUUCUAACAUGCACAUGCAAACUAAA